GAAAUCUACCCUCCAAAACUAAAUGAGUUUGCAUAUGUCACAGAUGGUGCAUGUACAGAAACUGAAAUACUUGAUAUGGAAUUGAUCAUUCUAAAGGCCUUAAACUGGGAGCUGCGUCCAGUCACUAUUAUUUGCUGGUUGAAUCUUUAUCUUCAAAUUAUCUGUUUAAAAGAAAUACCCAACAUGUCGCUGCCGCAGUAUUCUAAAGAAACCUUUAUACAGAUUGCUCAGCUUUUAGACCUGUGUAUCCUUGAUGUUGAGAGUUUGAGUUUCCCGUAUGGUAUAUUGGCUGCUACUGCUUUGUGCCACUACACUUCUACAGAAGACACUUUCAAGGCAUCAGGUGCGGAGAUUCUUGCUACUUCAGAUGCAUAG